CUGACGUCAUCUUCGUGCGCCUGCUGUCGGCGGUUUCCGCUUCAUUACGUGGACGGUUUCUCCGAAAAGUCCAAAUAUUGGAACAGAUAUGGUUUUAAUAAUCUUUACGUUUUUCUGAGUGUUGGUUGUUGAAUUGGUAGCGUCCGGACAAGCUCAAACCACUUACAGACAGCGCGUGCGUCCAUGCGGGAACCCUCAGCUUUGGGAGAUUUCAGUAACAAAACAAACACGAGGGGUUUUGAAAAUGUCGAGCUACAAGAAGAAGGACAUCCCGGACAGAUGGUUGGACUACUCAGCUGUUGGACAGAGACUUGAUGGGACUCGUUUCAUUGCCUUCAAAGUGCCACUGAAACAGGCUCUGACCCAGAAGCUCCGGUGUUCUGAGGUGUUUGGGCCCUGGGAUCUGCUAGACCGUCUGAGCAAACCAAACCAAGAGCUUGGACUGAUCAUAGAUCUUACUUUUACCACACGUUACUACCAGCUGCAGGACGUUCCACAGUCUCUCCUGUUUGUGAAGAUCUUUACAGCUGGCCAUGACGUUCCCAGUGACCAGACGAUUCUGAGCUUUAAGCGCGCUGUGCACAGAUUUCUCAGAGACAACAGAGAUAAUGACAAGCUGAUCGGAGUCCACUGCACCCACGGAGUUAACCGCACGGGCUACUUGAUCUGCAGGUAUCUGAUUGACGUGGAUGGGAUGGACCCUGAAAAGGCAGUUAAGCUGUUCAACUCGUCCCGGGGUCACGCAAUUGAGAGACAGAACUACCUGAAAGAUCUUAAACAUGGACCAAGGAGGAGUAAUGUGGGAAUUGAGGAGUUGGAGCAGGAGCCAGUAAGAGGACAAGCCUCCGGUCGAGAGAGCUCUAAUGACCCCAAAUAUCUCAGGUCAUAUCCUCCUGAAAGAUCAAACUUCCAACCUCCUCAUCGUGGUUUCUUCACACAAUCCCCAUUACUCCACUCUCCUCCUCGCCGUCCUGUCUCUUCAUCCCAUUAUCAGUCAUACAGAUGGACGCCCACACACCCCGACAGUCAGUAUAGGAGACCCCCUCGAUCAGCGGACAGCUGGUCCAGGCACCCUCAGAAUUCAGCGCAUGAGGACAGAAGAAGACUCCCGCGAUACCCUGACCAGUGGACUUCUCUACCCGAUGACGAAGAAGCAGCACAGGACUGGGGCUGGCACAAACCCAGGACCUCCGACUGGCACACCGGCAGACAUCGCACUAACAGAUAUGAUGAUUACUAGUUUGGGUGAUAGAGUAGCUGGUCCCAGAACAGCAUAGACAGUAUCAUGUCUAAUUUGUUUAUUUGGUUUUAUUGCAGAUUCGUGGUUCUAAUGGCUUUUAGGCAGGUUUUAAUGACAACACCGAGAGUUGCUGGUGUUUUACUUUUAUAUUUAUCUUUGAACCAGUCCUGUUCUGGUGAAGCAAACAACGAUCUGUCUGGGUGCAGGAAAUGAGUGAGGUUCUUCUCCCGUUGUGCAAUUCACGUUUUUAUAAUUGUAGUAUGACUACAUCUGUUUAUGCAUCGGGGUCGACAGGAAGAGAGGACAAACAGGACAAAACAACAGUGGGACUAUCCAAGCCAACAACAGCACCAAUAAAUAGUUCAUGAUAAAAUA